GUCAGAAAACAGCAACCGGAAAUGACAGAUGAGUGAUAAAAAAAUAAUAACAUGUGCACUCAGCAUGCAUGUUUUCUUAAGAUGAAUUCUGGUUGUAAAAACGAAUCAAAUGGUGUAUGAAAGCGCGCUUCAUGCGCGUAAGACGCGUGUUAAAAAUGCGGGGCAUGACCCUUUUACCUAGCUCAGCAAGCUGCAUCAGCUCUCCGGCCCAGUGCGCGCUCCCGUCUCAGGUCCGGGGACUUCGGUGCCGUCUCCACGCUCCCGGCUGCAAAGUUUUUUUGUUUCCUCACCGGAAAGGAAGAAAAGCAGUAGGAGGACAGAAUGUUUCGAUGAGCGCCUAAAUUGAGCUCGGAUAAUCAGCCCACCCUGAUUGGACUCUUUUCAUCCCCACGUCAAACACUGCAGGAGUCAGGGUUGCCAUGGAGACGGUGGUGAUUGUGGCUAUUGGGGUGUUGGCGACCAUUUUUCUGGCCUCCUUCAUCGCCCUCGUGGUGGUGUGCAGACAUCGCUACUGUCACCCUCACAACCUGCUGCACCACUUUGACUCCAAAACCACGGUGGAUCUGAUCGGGGCCAUGGAGACACAGAGCGAACCGUCAGAGCUGGAGCUCGACGACGUGGUCAUCACUAACCCUCACAUCGAAGCCAUCCUGGAGAACGAAGAUUGGAUAGAGGACGCCUCCGGCCUGGUGUCACACUGCAUCUCAAUCCUGAAGAUCUGCCACACUCUGACAGAAAAGCUGGUUGCCAUGACGAUGGGCUCAGGGGCAAAAGUCAAAGCACCGGCCAGCUUGAGUGACAUUAUCACUGUGGCCAAACGCAUCAGCCCGAGAGUGGACGAUGUGGUCAGGUCCAUGUACCCCCCUCUGGAGCCGAUCCUCCUGGACGCCAGAGCCACAGCUCUGCUCCUGUCAGUCAGCCACCUGGUGCUGGUCACCCGCAACGCCUGUCACAUGUCGGGCAGCAUGGACUGGAUCGACCAGUCGCUCCACCAGGCUGAAGAUCACAUGGUGGUUUUACGUGAAGCAGCUUUAGCUUCGGAGCCUGAACGAAACUUACCUGGAGUUAAUGCGCACAGAGAACAAUCCAUUUAAAACAAUCUAGCCCUGCAGAGACAUCACCUGAGCAAAGUUUGUCCUACGUGUGCCAUCAGCCAACAGUGGGCCUAAAUCCAGUCUGACCAGCACUCCAGUCACACGGAGGCUUAGUCAGUUUAUCCACUCUGGGGAAAAUAACAUCCAUUAUCCAGUCAACCUUAAGGUGAUCCAACUCAGUGCACCAUUGUAAAACAAGCCUGACUGGUUCAGUGUGUGGGGUCAGUCUGACAUCUGGAUGGUGGAGGGGAAAAAAAACCAAUCUUCAGAAACUGUGAUGCUCUUAAACCCGUCUACAAGACACCCCUACUGUGGUUCAGGUGGUCACACACUUCACUAAAUUCUGAUGUCAUUUUUAUUCCAAAAUGUCUGUUUAUUUCAGUUGUCAUUAAUUCCUGUUACACUAGUCAAUACAAUAAGCGUUUAUUAUAGUUAAUUUUUAAUACUAAAUGUGGUACGUGCUCGUUUUAGCAUGCUAAUGUUGUGAAUCUGAGAUUGCAUAUGCAUGUUAGCAGAAAGUCAGAAAUUUAGCUGCAGCUGCUGGUUUUUUUAAAUGCAUUUGUUAGUUUAACAAUACAAGUGUUGCCUGAUUGUUAAACUGUAAUAAUUGUGUGUGUGUGUGUGUGUGUGUGUGUGUGUGUGUGUGUGUGUGUGUGUGUGUUUUGACUGAGGUGAAGCAGAAUUAGUGUGUUGCUUUGGGCCAGAGGGAUGUUAUUGGAGCAUGUCUACCUGUUCCUUCAUGCGUAGCUAAUGGUGAAUCCCCAAGGAGCCCUAAUAAGGCCCAACAGCGGCCUUGGCUACGGCGCACAUGGCUCAAAGCUUUGUACAUAAACGCCUGGCAGAUAAAAUGACAUCCGAUUGUAAAAACACACAAUCAUAAAAGCAGCUGUUUUAAAGCAAAUCAGAGAUGUUUUUUUUUUAUAAUUACUGAGUGAAUGCACUUCUAAAGUUCUUUGAUAAACAUUUUUUAUUUUAAAUCACUCUUUUUUUUCUUCGUUUUUAACAAACAGUUUAUCAAUGUUGUACAGCCGUGUCUCAUAGGAGCCAAACAGUUGCUACAGAGAAACCCUGUGACAAAGUCACACACCACCUUGACAUAAAUAAAGUGUUUUUCCUCUCUCCAUUA